GUUCAUGAACCGGGUGUUUUGUUUGAACUCUCUCGUGACCCAUCUGACGUAUACAUUCGGUGCAUUUAGAUACGGCAGACAGCAGAGACGUCAACAAGGACGGGCGCUGACGGUAGCGGUUGUGGAGCUCACAGAUAACCAAUGUUGCCACGGCCUCUCACCGACAACACAAUGCGCCUCCUACUAAGUUUUAUGUUAGUGGUGUGUGCCGUUGAUGCAGCAAAGAAGUUUGAGGGAACGUUACGAUCAGCGGCCGAGGCGCCUCCUCAAGACAAUAUAGCCGUGGAAUCGGGAUCACCCGAGCAGACAGUUGUGGCUGCUCCUCAAGACUACAAAAAUCCAGGAGCUCCGCCUCCUCCUGAAGUUUCGUCGGAAGCACCGGCAGCGGCUGCCGUCCCGGUGGAAGUGCCCGAAACUGCUUCUGGAGGCGUCCCUCCGUCGGCGCCUAGUGGCGCAUCGGCUCCCUCGGCGCCGGCAAACUCGCUUGAGGAAUGUGAUCCAGAAAUGAUUGGAUUUGAACUUGUCACUGGGUAUGUCUUCUCGGCGCCGUCUCACAUACUGGACGACAUACCAGGCACUCUGAUGCUCACCGACUGCCUGGAGCAGUGCCAGGCCAACGACAGCUGUCGUGCUGUUAACUACGAGACCGGCCUCUGUGUGCUCUUUAGUUCCGAUUCGGAUCAACUACCUGGAGCUUUGACAAAAUCACAGUUUCCGGUGUUCACGAUAUACGCCCAGAAGUCCUGUCUCGGUGUGAGACCAUGUGAGAGAGCGUGGUGCUUCGACCGAGUGCGCGGCUAUCAUCUGAAAGGGCGCGGCAAAAGGACUCACACCGUCGGUUCGCGUCAGAUGUGCUUGGACCUUUGCCUCGGUGAAAAUGAAUUUGUCUGCAGAUCGGCGAACUAUAAUAAUAAAACGGGAGAAUGCGUGUUGUCGGAUAUGGACCGCAUCACAUUGGCUGGAACUAACUCUUUCCAACAGAACGAAGACACCGAUUAUUUAGAAAACAACUGCGUUGAGGAACCAACAAAACUUUGCGAAUUCAAAAAGAUGGGCGGACGCAUUUUGAAAACUGUAGAUUCUGUGUACCAAGAUGUUCAAACUGUAGAGGAAUGCAGAGAGCUUUGCCUCAAUUCACCUUUCCGUUGUCAUUCCUACGACCACGGAGACACUGGGGACCAUGUGUGCCGCCUUUCACAUCACUCCCGGGCCACUCUCGCUGAUAUCCAGGAUCCCUAUUUGGAAGUUCCCGAGGCCGCAACAUACGAACUGUCCUCCUGCUACAACGUUUCUAUUGACUGCCGUGCUGGAGACAUGGUGGCUCGAAUUCAAACAUCUAAAUUGUUUGAUGGAAAAAUAUAUGCAAAGGGAAGUCCUAACUCCUGCGUUGUUGACGUUAAACAAAGUCUCGAGUUUGAAUUACAUAUGGGAUACAACAACAUUGAAUGCAACGUUAAGCAAAACGGUUUGGGCAGAUACUUGAACGAUGUUGUGAUUCAGCAUCACGAUACUAUCGUCACAUCAUCGGAUCUUGGUCUUGCUGUGACGUGCCAAUAUGACCUCACCAAUAAGACUGUGGCUAACGAAGUCGAUCUCGGAAUCACUGGUGAUAUACAUACAGAACUCUCAGAGGAAGUGAUCGUCGACUCACCAAACGUAGCCAUGAGAAUUACGGACAGGAGCGGAGACGACAUUAUUGCUUCCGCUGAAGUUGGUGACCCCUUGGCCUUACGAUUCGAAAUCAUGGACCCGAAUUCACCUUUCGAAAUUUUCGUGCGAGAACUUGUUGCCAUGGAUGGUGUCGACUCUAGCGAAAUUACUCUCAUCGACAGCGACGGUUGUCCAACAGAUCACUUUAUCAUGGGACCUCUUUUCAAAUCAUCUAUGAGCGGAAAGAUGUUGUUGUCACACUUUGACGCAUUUAAAUUCCCAUCAUCGGAAGUGGUUCAGUUCCGGGCCUUGGUGACACCUUGUAUGCCUACUUGCGAACCUGUGCAGUGCGACGGCGGUCCAAAUGAGCUCCGCUCCGUUACGUCAUACGGACGCAGAAAGAGGCGUUCGACCCCUGCUGCUCCUACCGAUGACAUGUUACUCGUGCAAACUAUUCAAAUUACCGACAAAUUUGGAUUUGACAAACAACGUGCGAAGAACGUUACCGAGGAUUCUGUUUUCGUUAGAGAGACUGAAAUGACCUGUGUGAACGCGGCAGGAGCCAUGCUGGCUGCAGCUGCUUUCCUGGCCGCUCAACUAGUAGUCCUUGCAGCGUGGACCUGCAGUUGGCAACGACGACGCGCGGCCGCUAAAGCUGCAGAAUUACUUCCCGGACCCAAUGCUCCUUCAGCUCUCUGCAAAGUCUAUGAUGCCAGUUUCUCUCGUGCUCACCAGAGGCACUUUUGAGUUCAUGUAGACACGUCGACGUGAUCAACGUUCGCAAUAGUAGUAUAUGUUAGUGUUAAACCUCCGUCGAGUUUCGACUCAUAAAGGCCUUUCCCAUUUCUUCAAAAUGGUUUUGAUCUUUGAGGAGUGCGGAACGACGACAGAGGUUAGAUAAAGGUAUUGUCCAAGCACGUCUGCGCCGUGAGCUACGUACGGGCGAGCGGCGAAGACGCGCGCGACGCCGAGACAGGGACGACCAGAGGAGCGUGCGCGACUGUGGAUGGAUGCAUGGAAUGUUAGGAACGGAGCGAUCUGUCUGCCCGUGGAGUGCAUGGAUGUAUGCUUCUGGACGCUCGCUUGUCCCCGUCUCCGCCGUCGAAGACGGGACCGCGGCCGUGAGUCGUUAUCGAGAUCACGUCGCUCAUUCGUUCACUUUACGCUCGGCCAUUCACUUGCGAAAGUCCGAUAACGUAUUGUACCAUAUUUUUUUUAUAAAAAGUAGCGUAAGUCUGAUUCUAAUGAUAGUGAUAAGUAAAAAGUAACAUUUUUGUACCUUUUAAGUAGAUAACCGAACGUGCGACCUAAGUCAAGAGACGAUGGAUUGACGGCCGUCCCGACAUCGUAAUUUAUUCAAUUUAGCGUAGUUUCUUUUUUACUUAAUUUAUGUCUGAAAAUGCAAUUAUAGCUAUUUAAUGAAUUCCUAAUAUAAAUAAAAUGCCUAAAUGAAUAUGAAGUGCUAUUUUUUACGAAUAUGCCAACUAAUAUCUAUAUUUCUAGUGCCUUGGCAGUAAAACGAUUGCAAUAGUAACAACAAUAUGUUAUUAAAUACAUCGACCGAUCCGGCUAAAUAAAUUUUACCUUCAAAUAAAUAAUACAAUGGAAAUA